UUAACUGUAUCACCAAAAUCAUCUACUACUAUCAAUUCUUUUUCUUAAGUGACAAAAACAUGUGCCAUGGUAGAUGGUUGUCAUAAAUACCGGCAGUUUAUCAAAGUGACACAUCUGCUGACUUGGUACACCUCUCCCUCCCUCUCAUCUUUUCCUGGCUUUUCGACUUACACCUGCCAACCAGUCAUGAGGGUUGAUACAAAUACCUUAAGCUACUGGUUAAACUGGAGAUUCUUCCUUUGUGCAUUGGGGGUUUUCACAUCUAUGGUAGCAGCGACAAUGGUUAUUUGGAAAUACGAAAGUUCUGCUACUAGUAAAACCCAUAGACAAGGCAAUGAACAGCAAACUGUUGGGCAUCUGUAUAGGGAUGAAGCUUGGAGAACAUGUUCAAAGUCAAUUGAUCCUGCUUGGCUUCUUGCUAUCCGGAUGGUUGCCUUUAUCGUGCUCCUCACAUUGUUGUCGUUUGAUAUAUUCAUUGAUGGGGGCGGAAUAUUCUUUUAUUACACUUCGUGGACAUUUGCAUUGGUCACACUCUAUUUUGGGAUUGGGUCGUUGUUCUCCAUUUAUGGAUGCUUCUACUGUUGCAAUGAAGUUGAUAGUGAUAGGGUUGAUAUUGCAAAUUCAGACAUGGAGCGAAGCACUUACAUGACUCCCACAUUUGCGGAAAAUGCAGAUCUCUCUGAUAUUACCAAAAACUUGGUGAACAGGGAUGAACUGUCUGUCGGUAAAAGUGCAGAUAUAUGGGGCUUUAUCUUUCAAGUAACCUUUCAGAUUUGUGCAGGAGCUGUGAUGCUUACUGACAUCAUCUAUUGGUUUGUCCUUUAUCCAUUUUUUACUCCCAAAGAUCAUGAAUUAAAUUUCCUUGAGGUGAGCAUGCACUCACUCAAUUUUGUAUUCCUGAUUGCUGACAUCAUUUUGAAUCGCUUGAGGUUUCCUUUCUUCCGUAUUGCAUAUUUUGUCCAGUUCACUUGUAUAUAUGUCAUAUUCCAAUGGACCAUCCAUGCCUGUGUUUCCAUGAAGUGGCCAUAUCAAUAUCUAGACUUGUCAUCUCCAUAUGCUCCCAUAUGGUAUCUAGCCACUGGUUUGGUUCAGCUACCUGGCUACAGUAUCAUUUUUCUAAUAGUUCAGACAAAGCACGUCUGUUUGUCAAGAUUAUCCUUUUGUUGAAGCUGUGUAGUACUGUAGGCUGAGCAAGAGUUGAGCAUUUACAAGCUUAGUUCUCACCAACAUUUCUGCAAUUAUCAUAGAGAGUGCUAGUAAAUAGUACAUUAAGAUUCUGUACAGUAUCCAUAAAAAUGAAUCUUUAUAUCGUUGAUAUUGUAAACAGGAAUUAUAUAUGCUUCUUUAUUAAGGGUUCUUGUUGAAUUAACAAGGCAGUGUUACAACUUGUUCAUAUAAAUUAAAGAUUCAUAUGAUUGUCUUUCUUGUAAA